UAACGCCGGUCGCCCGCCCGCCCUCCGGCCCUCCCGCGUCCUAACGUCUUCGUCGCCGGCUCGGCGCCGCCGCCAUGGCCGACGUGGAAGACGGCGAGGAGACCUGCGGCCUGUCUUCUCACCCCGGGAGCGCAGGCUCCAAGUCGGGGGGCGACAAAAUGUUCUCGCUCAAGAAGUGGAACGCGGUGGCCAUGUGGAGCUGGGACGUGGAGUGCGAUACGUGCGCCAUCUGCAGGGUCCAGGUGAUGGAUGCCUGCCUGAGAUGUCAAGCUGAAAACAAACAAGAAGAUUGUGUUGUGGUCUGGGGAGAAUGCAACCAUUCCUUUCACAACUGCUGCAUGUCCCUGUGGGUGAAGCAGAACAAUCGCUGCCCGCUCUGCCAGCAAGACUGGGUGGUCCAAAGAAUCGGCAAGUGAGAGUGGCGAAGGCAAUGUUGAUGGAGAGCAGUGUUCAGAGCCCUGGUGCAGUGCAAGCACCCCAAACUGCUGCAACGCUCCAGGGGUUAGCUCUUCAGGGUGGAGGCAGUGCAUCUGUGGGCCUGUAGGACUCAUCUAAGGGGCAGAGGGUAGCAUUUUGUCAGUUUUAUUUUCAGAAAUUUUUGACAAGAAUAUAAUUUGUUAAAGCUGGUCUUUCCUACCUCUGUGGUGUGUGUCACACACAUUGUUGAGAAGUGCUAUUAUAGAGCAGAGAGCUCAAGUCAAAUGACCUGUGUAAAUUACUGUUGACAUGCAAGAGGUGGAGGAAGCUGAAAGUUCAGAGAACAUUUUGUAUGCCUUUGGUUGGUCAGUUAUCAAAAAGAGAAUGUUACAAAUACAGUUUAAAACUGAGCAGUUAUCCCUGAUUUGUUACUGGUAAGGUACCUGUGAUGGAGAGGGCGGGGGGAUAGUCCAUGAAAUCUGUGUUUCAUGGGAUGAGAAUUCUGAGUUUGAACUAGUAAACAGGGUAAAAAAAUUUUAAAAGUCGAACCUUUGAUUGGUUCAUAAGUUACCAUUCUCUGACUUUGAUUCAUCCAGAAAAACUAGAUAAGCACUCAUCUGACUGUUCAAUCACUGAAAGGGAAAAGUUUUUUUGUGUUUUCAGAAUCAUUUUCUAGUUUUAGUCAGAUUAUGUUUUAAUUCAGCUGUGUUUUAAGCAAAUUUUAUGAGGGGGAAAUGUUUACUAGUAUAGCAUUGGAUCAAAGUUUAUCACAUAAUGUUUCAAUAAAUGUUUUAUUCUGUUUACCUUU